AUGGAGUCAGCGCCACCCAAAGCGACUGAGCCGCCACACCAACACGACCCAUCCUCCUCCUCAUCUUCAUCUUUGGCACUUUCAUUGGAAGGACCAGUAUCGAAUAAUAAUGUGCACGAGACCAGGUCCUCUCCGAUUGCAGGAAAUUCAACUCCAGGUCUUAUAGGGAAACACAGAAUGUCUGCUGCAAUUUCUUUUCUCAAUCAGCAAAUCCAAUCAAUUCAGGAGGAGCUGGAUCAACUGGAAACUCUUGGUAGAUCCUCGACUGUAUGUGAAGACCUGAUCUCGAGCGUAGAGUCUGUUCCAGACGCCCUACUUCCGGUGACCAGAGGUCCGGCAGAGGUUAGCUGGGAACGGUGGUUUCAGGGUGCCCACAGCUCAGGAAGCCGUCGCAGACGGUGGAUCUGA